GUUCCUUUGUGUUUUACCUUGGCAGCCACCACUGGUUCAAGCAAUUUUCAGUGGUGAUCCAGAGGAGAUACGGAUGUUGAUCUACAAAACUGAGGAUGUCAAUGCUCUGGAUGCUGAGAAACGUACCCCUCUUCACGUUGCAGCUUUCCUGGGCGAUGCAGAGAUCAUCGAGCUCCUCAUUCUGUCAGGGGCUCGUGUCAAUGCCAAGGACAAUAUGUGGCUGACCCCUCUUCAUCGGGCAGUUGCUGCAAGGAGUGAAGAAGCAGUACAAGUAUUGAUUAAGCAUUCAGCUGAUGUCAAUGCUCGGGACAAGAACUGGCAGACACCAUUGCAUGUAGCAGCUGCAAACAAAGCUGUGAAGUGUGCAGAAGUAAUCAUUCCAAUGCUUAGCAGUGUAAAUGUGUCUGACAGAGGGGGACGGACAGCAUUACACCAUGCAGCUCUGAAUGGCCAUAUUGAGAUGGUAGACUUACUCUUAGCCAAAGGGGCAAACAUCAAUGCUUUUGACAAAAAGGACAGGAGAGCUCUUCACUGGGCAGCUUAUAUGGGUCACCUGGAAGUUGUUGCCUUACUGAUUAACCAUGGUGCAGAGGUGACUUGUAAGGACAAGAAGGGUUACACUCCACUGCAUGCUGCUGCAUCCAAUGGGCAGAUUAAUGUAGUGAAACACCUCCUUAAUCUAGGUGUCGAGAUCGAUGAAAUAAACAUAUAUGGAAAUACUGCUCUUCACAUUGCCUGUUAUAAUGGUCAGGAUUCUGUAGUUAAUGAGCUGAUUGACUAUGGUGCUAAUGUAAACCAGCCUAACAACAGUGGUUUCACCCCCUUGCAUUUUGCUGCUGCUUCCACUCAUGGAGCUCUAUGUCUUGAAUUGUUGGUGAAUAAUGGGGCAGACGUUAAUAUUCAGAGUAAAGAUGGCAAGAGUCCACUGCACAUGACAGCUGUCCAUGGGAGGUUCACACGAUCCCAAACCCUUAUUCAGAAUGGAGGUGAAAUUGACUGUGUUGAUAAGGAUGGUAACACUCCUCUGCAUGUGGCUGCAAGAUAUGGACAUGAGCUUUUGAUUAACACCCUCAUAACCAGCGGAGCGGACACUGCCAAGUGUGGUAUCCACAACAUGUUCCCUUUACACUUAGCAGCACUAAAUGCUCACUCAGACUGCUGCAGGAAAUUGUUGUCAUCAGGCUUUGAUAUAGACACCCCAGAUAGCUUUGGAAGAACGUGCCUCCAUGCUGCUGCUGCAGGAGGUAAUGUUGAAUGUAUAAAACUCUUGCAGAGCAGUGGAGCAGAUUUUAAUAAAAAGGACAAAUGUGGGAGGACACCUUUGCACUAUGCAGCUGCGAAUUGUCAUUUCCACUGUAUCGAGACACUGGUGACCACAGGGGCCAAUAUUAAUGAAACAGAUGACUGGGGACGUACUCCUUUGCACUAUGCUGCUGCUUCAGACAUGGACAGAAAAAGAAAGAAUAUUCUAGGUAACUCCCAUGAAAAUGCUGAAGAACUUGAAAGAGCCAAUGAGAUGAAGGAAAAAGAAGCUGCAUUGUGUCUGGAGUUCUUGCUUCAAAAUGAAGCCAAUCCAUCAAUUCAGGACAAAGAGGGGUACAACACAGUGCACUAUGCUGCUGCUUAUGGCCAUAGGCAGUGUUUGGAAUUGCUGCUGGAAAAAAACAACCAUAUGUUGGAGGAGUCGGACUCAGCAGCUACCAAAAGUCCUUUGCACUUAGCUGCCUAUAAUGGUCAUCAUCAAGCCUUGGAGGUACUUCUCCAAACUUCAGUAGACCUGGAUAUUAAGGAUGAGAGAGGUCGCACUGCCUUGGACUUGGCUGCAUUUAAAGGACACACAGAAUGUGUUGAAGCUCUCCUCAGUCAGGGUGCUUCCAUCACAGUAAAAGAUAAUGUCACCAAAAGAACUCCACUCCAUGCCUCAGUCAUCAACGGUCACACACCAUGCUUACGAUUGUUGCUAGAAGUUGCAGACAACCCGGAUGUGACAGAUGCCAAAGGACAAACCCCACUGAUGCUUGCUGUGGCAUAUGGGCAUAUUGAUGCUGUUUCCUUGUUACUUGAAAAAGAAGCAUCUGUAGAUGUGGCUGAUCUCCUGGGAUGCACAGCUUUACAUCGUGGGAUUAUGACUGGGCAUGAGGAAUGUGUUCAAAUGCUCCUGGAACAAGAAGUAUCUAUUUUAUGUAAGGACUCCAGAGGCAGGACACCUCUGCACUUUGCAGCAGCCCGUGGUCAUGCCACUUGGCUGAGUGAAUUACUGCAGAUGGCACUUUCGGAAGAGGACUGUAGUUGGAAAGAUAAUCAUGGUUAUACACCAUUGCACUGGGCCUGUUAUAAUGGUCAUGAAAACUGCAUAGAGGUACUAUUAGAACAGAAAUCUUUCCGGAAAUUUUAUGGUAAUAACUUCUCUCCAUUGCACUGUGCUGUAAUUAAUGAUCACGAAACCUGUGCAUCACUGCUUAUUGGGGCCAUAGAUGCCAGCAUUGUCAAUUGUAAAGAUGACAAAGGAAGAACUCCACUUCAUGCAGCAGCCUUUGCUGAUCAUGUGGAGUGCCUGCAGCUUCUCUUAAGUCAUAAUGCACAAGUAAAUGCUGCAGAUAAUUCAGGGAAAACACCACUUAUGAUGGCAGCUGAAAAUGGUCAUGCGGGUGCUGUAGAUUUUUUGGUGAACAUUGCCAAGGUGGAUUUGACUACAAAGGAUAAGGACUUGAAUACACCCUUGCACUUGGCUAGCAGUAAAGGUCAUGAAAAAUGUGCCUUGUUAAUACUUGACAAGAUACAAGAACAGAGCCUUAUUAAUGCAAAAAAUAAUGCAUUGCAGACACCUCUCCAUAUUGCUGCACGGAAUGGCUUAAAGCUGGUGGUUGAGGAGUUGCUAGCCAAAGGGGCAUGUGUACUAGCAGUGGAUGAAAAUGGUCAUACGCCAGCCCUGGCUUGUGCUCCUAACAAAGACGUGGCUGACUGCCUGGCACUCAUUUUGGCUACCAUGAUGCCUUUUUCUCCUUCCAGUUCAAUGACGGCUUUCAACUUCGUUUGUUAUAAAAAAGACAAUUUGAGCAGGACACAUCUCUGCGAUGGCUCCAAUAUGGGUAGCAUUAACUCUUACAGUAAACCUUUGAUUAACAAUGUAGGAACAGAGGAAGGGUACAAUGAAAAUGAUUCCGAUUCUGAAACAUUUUGACUUUUUGGUAUUCAAGAGUUUUUAGUUAAUUGCAUUCAGGUUUUUUUUUUCCUUUUUAAAAAGCUUGACUCCCACUGUUAUAUCCUUAAGUAUUAUUACUGACCCAAACUUUCACAGUUAGGGUGUGAAAGGAUUAGUAAAGUUGAUAAUAAUCUAGCCUUUAAUAAAAAGUUUGGGGGUUUUGUUGGAAUGCAUUCACAUUAAUGUUCUGCAGCUUCCAGCUUCAUUGUUUUCUUUAGGCCCCAAGUGCUCCUGUGAAACUUCUACCUCUUAUUUUACAUAGAAAAAGAGAAAAUGCCUUUUUCUUUUUUGACAGCACAAGUGAACAGGGAACUGUUUAUAAACAUAUUCAUAUAUCCUAGCUGUGCAGUUAGUAUACAGGCAUCUUUUGUAGAUUUCAAGAGCACCAACCCUCCCCUUAUUUGUCUGUUUCCUAGUUAUGGAGUCCUGUUGAUUAGAUGAGUUUGUUACACAAACCAAAGGUAAAGUUGUGCAUCUUUUUAAAGUACUGCCUGCAAUUACUUUAUUUAGAAGAAAUUAAACAUUUUACAUUCUGCAUGUAUUAGCACUUCAGUAUACAGGAGGCACUUUUAAAGAACUUAAAGUACACAAUUAGAAGGCUGUUGAUGCAAACUUUCAAAAGCCAAAUCUAUUUGUCCCACUUUCACAGGUAUUUUCCUAUUGAGAUCAGUAGAAUUACUUGUGUAAAGUGAGCACAAUUUGGUCUGUAAUUUGUCUUUUCAAUUCAGCACAAACGUGUAUGGUUUCUUUGCACUACAGAAUUGGGGUCAUUAGGCGUUUCUCUGUCACCUGAGCCAUUAACCACUAAUCAAGUUUCAGGAAAAAAUCAGCAGUAGAUUGAGAUGUAUCCAAAUGUUUGUGAUGAUUUGCCAAUUUUAUAUUGAUUAUUUUCUUCCCUAAAUUUAAACAUCUUGUUUUUACCAUUAUCAGUAUCAGGAUUUUAGAAAAAGAACUUUUGCCAAUAUUUGGAUUAAAAAGAACAGAGCAAAGAUAAACACAAAGCAAGUGAAAGUAUAACACAAAAAGAGGAAACACCAAACACAUGCCAGGAAAAGUAAACUAUGGAAAGGGACUCAUGAUGUACAAGAAAGCCUAUUGACACCAGCUUCUCUAAUCAAUGUCAACAUUGUGAAUAUAUCUGCUCCUUCUGCCAAAGCUUCUAGGUCAAAUGGACCCCGUUCCUCAUCUGGGACAGAAGUACAAAAGGAAGAAUGAGACUUAAAAACAAAAAAUCCUACCAUGAACUAAACCAGCUAUACCAUGAGGACCAAAAUGCUUCAAUAGCUAAAAGGAAGACUUUACUUUUUGCAGAAUGCAAGUGACAGAAUGACGUAGCUUUUUCUAAAUAAUAAAAUGUAAACUUUUUGAGUAAUGAAGAAUCUUGAGUGUAUUUUACAUUUUAUGACGCAGAUUUCUAGUUAACAGUUUGACAUUUGUAACUAAUGACGUGUUGACCACAAUUUAUUUUUUUCCAGACUAGAGAAAAUGUUCAUAUACUUUAAAUGUAAAUGUGUUUAUAUUUAUUUGAAAUGAAACAAAUGCCCAGGAAAAAUUACUAUAGUUUCUUCUUCUUUUUAUUUUUUGUGCAUUUUAUUUGGCAUAAUGUAAAAUGCAAUGUGAAUCCAGGCAAGCCUGAUGUUCUGAGUGGGAAGGAGGAAGGGGUGUGGGGCAAGACCACACAUGCUCAAAACUGACCUCAGAAUCUUGUCCAUCUGCCUGGACAUAAUGUGAAGGUAAAACUCACUGCUCUGUUGGUAAAGGGCAGAGAGUGAAGAUAUGCACUGCACCUCUAAAAAGCACCCUUUAUCAAUAAUAUUGGAGCAUAAAGAUUACUUUCAACAUCUCAUAGGGGAAGUGGGUUGCCACAAUGCAGCUAAGUAUGAAAACAGAAAGAGUGGAGUAUAUUUUAUAUGACCUGGAGCAAAUAGCUUAGUUUAAACAUCCUAUGAUUCCCACUCAGGCGGUCUGCAGGCCUAAAACUAUGCUGGAAGGAUGGGAGAAACCUCCUUAGCAAACACUUUUAGCAGGGUGAAAGGAAAAACAAACAUUUCUGACAGUAUUCCAUACAACCAAUGCCAACAUUUCCUAAAAUCUAUUGAGAUUUUAUUUCUUGAUGAAAGAAAAAUCAUUUUAAAUUAUGUAACUGUUGAAGAGACUUUUUAAAAGCAUAUAUAGUUAUCUAAUACUAUAUACAAUCUAUGAGCAUUAUUUUGCCUUGCUAAAAUGAAAUGUUCCCAUGAAUAUUAUGAAAUAGAAAUUUCCAAACUUUAAAACAAAAGAAAAAAUCUCAAGUGGUACUUAAAAAUUUACAUUUCUUCUAUAUUCCUAUUUAUCUCACAGAGGACAACACAAGCAUCUGAACCACUGGUUUUCCCUCUUACAUUAGUACUGUAUAACUUUUUUAAGAUCAAUUAAAAAGAACCCUUUAAUUAAAAAUUGCUAAAUAGCAAUAACUACCUUACUUAAAGCACUGAAAAUAAGGGGAAAGACCAGCUUUGAAAGGGUGAUGCAUUCUGUGGUGUCUGUUUAGAAGUGGAAUGGAAAUCCCAAAGUUUGCUUUUUGUCAUUUCUAAGUAGAAAGAACACUUAGAAAAAACACAGGACAUAGAGCUCCUUCAUUAAAAGAAAAAGUUCUCUCUACUAUAGAAUAAAAGAGGUUCUAUUAUUCAAAAUAGUCAUCAUUAAAAGGUUGACAUUUGCUAUUAGCUACCAUACAGGGAUAUCUAAGAUAGCAGUAUUUGACAUAUACUUGCAAUAGAAGGUAAUUGCCAUUACUGUGUGGCACAGUACAUGCUGCCUUCUAAGGGUGUAUAUAAAUUAUAGGACUGUGGAUGAUGAUUGAAUUUUUAUCCUUUUAUGGCUUUGCACCAAAACUCAAGUCAAUAGAAAAAACUCCUGCAGAAUAUAACAUGUUGGGCUGACCCUAAUCUGCAAAUAUCUGUAGCAAAAUGUUUUAUUAUCUCUAAUAAGGAUAAAGCAAACUAAACUUGGAUUUUGUCACUGACUAUUAACUGGCAGUACAACUGUAUCAGUCAUUUAAAAUGUACACUAUUCCAAAAAUCAAAGAAACAGGAUUUGCUUUGUUUAAGCUCUGAGGAGCAUUCAGAAAAUAAUAUUUUGAGUAUGGUACCCUUAAAGGAGAAAUGCAUUCUGGGUAAAUUUUCAGUUGUGCUCAGUAUUGGCCUCUCUUCUCAUUGUGGCAUAUCAAAAUACUCUUAUUCGAAUCCCAUUAAGAUAAUUUGUAUUGCAAUUUAUAAGUAGUCUAUAGAAGUAAAUUUAAAACAGAUGUUUAAACACAGAAGCAACUUUGCUCCUGUGAGUGGUUGUUUGCCUUGAUCUUAAUAUGCCUAUUUAUGGGAGGAAAGUGAUUCAGGCAUAAGGUUGCACUUACACUCAGAUCCUGCAAGCUACAAUUUGUGAGCUCUUUCUGCACUGGCACAGAGGACAGGUUCUGUGUCAGUGCAGUAGUCUGUCUCCACAGUUCUACUUGCAGCAUCAGAAUUAUAAUAUGUAUUUUAACUAUAGCUGUAAACAGACUUCAUUUGCAGGUUUCGGUCCUAAGUCUUUCUCUCAAAAUAUAGAAAGUUACAGUCUCUGGUCUGCCUACAAUUGCUGUGAUUCUACAGUGAAAUAACUCAGGGGAUUUCUGUUUAUCACUACUAAAAGGGCACCAUAAUAUGUUUGGUACUUUUAUGCAGUAAACAACUGCCAUAUUUAUUACAGUAUAACCUCAUAAAUCCAGCAUGCUCGGGACCGAGCACCUGCCGAAAAUUUGAAAAUUCCAGAUUUUUGAAACCAGAGCAGCAGCCGGUUGUGGAGCAGGGGGUAGUGGCAGCUGGUCCUGGAGCAGCGGCCGCAUGCGGAGUGGUGACGCAGGGUGGCAGUGGCAGCCACUGUAUACAAGGUUUCCCUUCCCCCUCCGCUGCUCCGGGACUGGCCGCCACUACUCCUUGAUGUGCCAGAUUUUCAAGAAUUCCAGAUUUUUGAUAUCCGGAUUUAUUAGGUUAUACUAUAUUAAAUUAAAACAAGUAAAUAAUGAUGGAUUGUUAUCCAUUGUACUGUUGAGAAACUUGGUUAUGUAUCUGUUGAGAAUGAUUUUAGGAUUUUAUGUGAUUUUUAUUUUUAGUCGUGUAAGAAACUUUUAGAGUGCCUUUUUAUAUUUGUGUAUUCUGGAAAUAUUUUGUGAAACUUGUCUUUUUUUUCCAUUUGAGUGUUAUCGAAGCAAUAUAAUACCAGUAAGUUUUCAUUUCAAACCUUCUUUGAAUGUACAAAGUGGUUUUUUUCUUUUCAAAUGUUCUACCUGCAUUGAAAUGAAAAUGCGCUAAGUUUCUAUAGGUAUUAUGUAUACUUUUGCAGUGCUGAACAUGCUUUCUUAUUACACAAAGUAAACCUUAAGUCAGUGUUAUGGGGAAGGGCGUUUUAAACGGUGACAAUCUGAAAGUGUGUAUAAAACGUAAUUCUAUGCGUUUCUUAUGCAGUGAGCUACAUAUAAAAAGCCAAUAUCUUAAGUUUUGUAGUUCUGUUUUAUAUUUUAUGCUUUAGCAUGUGCAAUAUAUCUUUACAAACGACCGUGAGAUGAUUCUGGUGCCAGUGUUAUAUUUUGCCUAACAUAUUUGUAAUAAACAAUAUAAAAUAUUGUUUGAUGGUUUCAGUGGGGUUUGUCUGUAAUGUUUUCUUAUGUAAACUGGAGUUUAAUGACUUCAGUAAAAUGUCAUGACUGUAUAAAAUGAGUAAAAAGACUUAUUUCAGUGAAUGACUUGGAAUCCAAUCUGAAUCCGCUCAAGCACAGUUUAAUACCUUUUUUCAACUACUGAAUGCUGUGUUGAUGUAAUGUAGUGAUCUAACUGUACACUAUUAUCGAAAUGCAUUCAGAUGGUUAUUUUUACAAAUAAAAUGGUACAAAUAUUGUUGCAAA